AUGACUUCAUCUCUUCAACAAUUCUCUCCCGCUCUUGUCGUUUCAUUUUCUAAUCUUGAAGAGAACUUUGACGGCUGUUACAGUUGUGAUUACAACGGCGACGAUGAAUUAAAGCACAACAGCGGGGAUGAAUUAGAGCACAACAACGGCGAGAAAGAUUCAGCCUCGUCAACUUGGGCAGAAGAACGUGUUUCGACUUCGAACCGAGAAGGGAACAAUGGCGACACAGACGAUGAAAGUCUGCAACUCGUUCAACGAUUUACAGCACUAACAUUUGCUGAUGCAAACGAAGCAGAUGCGCAUUAUCAAUGUUUCGCGCAACUGUCUGGAUUUGACAUUCGCAAGAACUCUAUGAAAAGGAUAUGCGACAUCAUUUUGAAUAGGGUAUGGGUUUGCUCUCGAGAGGGCCACCGUAAGGAAAGAAUUGAUGAAAGCGAUCGAUUGCGUGGAUGCCCUGCUCUAUUUCGUGUUGCUCUCAAUCGUUCUACUGGGAGAUGCAGAGUGACUGACUUCGAGCCUAAGCACAAUCACAGUAUGGAAACCCCCAAUACCAUCCAUAUUCUUCGUUGCAAUAGUGGGUACAUAAUAUUGACCCCAGCCACAAAGAUAAUGUUGGAUACGAUGACCCAUGUUGGGUGCAAACCUAGUCAAGUUCUGGACCUUCUGAAACAUCUUGGUGGAGGCAGUGCAAUUGGCGUAUUGAAUAGGAAGGACGCGUACAACGACCUGAACAGUGAAAGGUUGAAACGGAUUAAUUCAGGGGAUGUGAAUACUUUAUUGAGUUUACUUGACGGGAUGAAGUUGAAAGACAAAACACUGGAAUACAAACACGGUAUCGAUCAAGGUGGAGCUCUAACAAGAAUAUUUUGGCACGACGGUAUAUCAAAAGCCGAGUAUGAGGAGUUUGGUGAUGUCUUAGUAUUUGACAGCACCUACAAGACCAACAUAUAUUGUUUUCCAGUAGUGUUGUUCUCCGGAGUCAACUCCCAUCUGUGCACAUGUAUUUUUGGAGUUGCUAUUAUGUACAAGGAGACGACUCAACAAUACAUGUGGUUGCUGCAGACUUUGCUAGAAUUCAUGGGAGGAAAGCCACCCAAAGCUGUUUUGACAGAUCAAGACGGGGCAAUGCGCGCAGUCAUUAGGAUUGUGUUUCCUGAGGCAGCCCAUCGGCUUUGUUGCUGGCAUAUUUCACGUAAUGUCGAAUCAAACAUAAAAAAGCCACAGAAUUUUCCAAUUUAA